AUGGUUCAAGGCGACCGCGAGCACUCGUCGUCGUCGCAUCCGCCACGGAUUCACGGACUCAACGUUGCGUCGGAAUGCGCGCCACUGGAGAUUGUUUUCGAGGAUCCACGGCUGAAAAAGACGCCAGGAGAGCCCUCCCUGAAGCUCCCUAAUCAAUUUACGUCCCUUGUCGAGGGCUUGGCAAACGGCGACUCACAGAAGGAAAGGCGGCGACAGCAUGGGCUUGAUAGUGUAGAAAAACUCCGUCACAAGAUGGCGCGGCUUAGAAACAUCGACCUGGUUCGUCGCCCACACCAGGCACCAACCCUUGACUGCUGGGAGCAGCUGGUCGUCAUCGCUGCCACUGUGGUGGACCUUCAUCUUGGUGAAGAGGACACUGCAUCGCUAACAAUCAAUUCACUGAAUGGAAGGGAGUUAUCACACGACACAAUACUCAGGGACAGAAAGGCUGCUCGUCAGGUAGUGAAGUUGAUCGAUGCCAUGAACUUGUACUGGAAGCAUGACCUUGCUUUUGAUUUGCUUGUGCUCCUUGAUACCCCCUUGUCAAUUCUUCGUCAGCAGAGUGUCCACCAGUUUCAAGGGCUGGAGCGCUUGCUCCGCGGAUGCACACCCUCUGCCGAACUCCAGUACUGUCUCAGGCUUUACAUUCCCUUCCUGGUCAUGCUUCUACGGCCCGUCUACAGCCUUUUUGAGGUACAAGAUGCUUUAAACACAUCUCUCCUCCAUGAAAGCGACUAUGAUGCCUUCUUGGAGGUAGUCGCGUUGAGAUACGACCCAAUCAAAGACACCUGGAUGCCAAAAUAG